AAGAUUCUUCUCUUUUGAACUGUAAAACUCACUCUUUUUAUAAAUUUUCUUUAAUUAAAUCUCUCAUCAUUACUUCCCCCUUAACCUUCUUCUUCUUCCAUCUCAGUAACAAAAGUCACCGUCUUCUCUUUCCUCUCUCCCACUUUGAUUGAUCAAUCAUUCUUCUUCAUUUCUACUUCCUUCCCUUCUCUGCAUUCUCAUUUCCUUUUCAACGCAAACAAUACCCAUAAUUCGUUAAGCUCUUUGCUUACAUUUUCCUGGAAAAUUCAAAUUCCUUUUUCCAAGUAUAACUUCAUAAUCGCCUGUUACUCCAGUCUGAAGAAAAAUCUCAACUUUCCCGGAAAAUCUCUCAGUUUCCCGGAAAAUCUUUCAAUGUCAAAGCAGCUUUCUAUCUGAUUCAGAAGCUCAUUAGUAAUCUGGGUUAUCUUCAGAAAGUCUGAAACCUCAGUCAAUUGCGUGGAGAUGGAGAAGCAAACCCUAAAGUACUUACCUUUGGGUCAGAGCGAUCCCUUUGGCAAUGUCAUUGGCAACGGCAACGGCAACGAAGGAACCAUCGGCGAUCUCCUCGGCAGAUUCCGCAACUGCCCUCAAGAGUCCUUCUCCGCUGGGAUCCGGUUCCCUCCUUAUCCGGGUCAAUUCGGAUCCGAUCGCGAUAGCAACAAGAGCUCUCUGUUGGAUCCAGAUUCAGAUCGUGUUCAGACACCGAAACCGAACCCCAGGAAAAGAAAAUCGAUCCCUGUUGGAAACGGCAAGGACUCUCCAGCUUCGUCGUCUCUUACCGCUUCCCAUUCAAAGGUUUCAGGAGAGAACGUUGGAUCGAAAGAUGGGAAGAGAAGCAAGCAUGAUGAGGCUGGGAGCAGUAAGAACGUAAUAGACAAGUGUGAUGAUAGUAAAGGAGACAAUAAGGACGAUGCAAAGCCGACCAAAGACUACAUUCAUGUUAGAGCCAGAAGGGGUCAGGCAACCGAUAGCCAUAGUCUCGCUGAAAGAGCAAGAAGAGAAAAGAUCAGCGAGAGGAUGACAAUGCUUCAGGAUCUUGUUCCUGGUUGUAACCGGAUCACAGGGAAAGCUGUCAUGCUUGAUGAGAUUAUCAACUAUGUUCAGUCCUUGCAGAGACAAGUCCAGUUCUUGUCCAUGAAGCUGGCUACUGUAAAUCCGAGGAUGGAGUUUAAUGCUAAUGCUGCUUUAUCCACAGAGAUGAUUCAACAGGGGGAGUCGUUAACGCAGUCUCUUUACGCAAUGGCUUGCUCAGAGCAAAGACUUCCAUCAGGAGGAUACUAUUCUCUUGCCAAGAACAUGCCUAGAUUCUCAGACACUCACUUUCCCUCGAGCGACGGAUUUGUCCAAACUGAGACACAGGGAUUCUGGGAAAAUGAUCUGCAAAGCAUUGUUCAGAUGGGUUUUGGAGAUAUCCAGCAACAACAGAGCAACAACAACUGCCCUGAGCCAACACUACAGAUGAAGCUUGAGCCAUGAUUAAGAAGGUGUUUGUUAUUGUAUCUCUCUGUACAUACAGAAACCAAGUAGUGAUGGGUACGGAGUAGAGACAAUGUUUACUAUCCUUUCUUUUUGGCUUUUGCAGCUGUUGAUUUCUUCUCAACCCCCAAAGCAACACAAAAAAAUCUUUAUCUUAUGUAUAAAAAUGACAAGAAUCUUUUAUGGACAAUUUAUGUAUUAUUUACAGUUGUAAUAUAUUGUUAUUUCUCAACU